CGGCUAAAACAGACUAAUCCUUCAUGCAGUUAUUCCUUCCACAUUAAUAAGACCCCGCCACCUUCCCCAGAACUAGGUCCAAGGGAUGCUGCUCUCCUGGCCCUGUUACCACUGAAGUGCCCAGGGUUCCCUGGAGAGCCGACUUGCGCGCAGGCACAACGAGCCAUGGGUCUUCUGAGGCUUCGAAGGUCGCUCUCGCUUCUGCUGCUGCUGGGUGGCUGCCUUCUCGCAGCUGCCAGGAGAGACCAGAGGGCUGCCGCCAGCACCGCCGAGUCUGCCCCGGGCCCUGCGGGCGGCUCCUCCGGCCGUUUCGUCAGCCCCGAGAGGCACGCGUGCAGCUGGCAGCUCUUGCAGCCCGCCCCAGGGCCCUCAGCGGGCAGCGAGCUGGCGCUGCGCUGCCAGGCUCCGGACGGGGCGCACCACCAGUGCGCCUACCGCGGCGAGCCGUGGCGCUGCGCCGCCUACGCUGCCCGCAGCUCGCUGUACUGGAAGCAGGUGCUGGGCGGGCUACGGAGGAAGCCGCGGCCCUGCCACGACCUCUCGCCUCUCAAGGCUCGCCUGUGCGCGGGCAAGAAGGGCCAUGGCGCCGAGUUGCGCCUAGUGCCCCACGAAUCCGCACCGGCUGACCCCAUCGCCUCGGGUUUCCCCCGGGAUUCCAAGCUCCCGGCCAGGAGCCGGGGGCGACCCCGGGAGCCAGCUCCCGGCCCAGGCGCCAGGGCCCCGCCUCCUCCGAGCGCGCCGCCCAUAGGGAAGCCCUCGGAGAAGAAGACCAAGUGGGGCAAGAGGAAGGCGGCCUUGGACCCAGAAGAGGAGCAGACCCUGGGGACCUGGCCCGAUCCCGACGGGCUGGACGAGAACGCGAAGCUCACGGAGACCUACUGUGCUGAGAAGUGGCACUCCCUCUGCAAUUUCUUUGUCAAUUUCUGGAAUGGCUGAGAAUUAGUAUGAACUUGGGUGCUGUCUGGUGUCACGGAUGAUUUCCAUAGGGAUAGAAGCCAUUUGGAGCUCAAAACUGACUCAGUGAAAAGAUUUUUCAGGAUAAUUGCCUUUGAAUUCUUUCAGAAGUGCUGCUUUUACACAGAGUGAUGGCUGGUGUUCUGAAACUUUCCCAUUAACAUUCCAAAUUCAGAGGUGAAUUAUAGAAGUGCUCCAGUAGGUUUUAAAAAGACAAUUAUCUUUAUAUUUGAUCGUAUUUUUUGAAACAGCUAAAAUGUAAGAAUAGAUCUCAGAGUCAGUUGGACCAUUAUAAAGUUGUAUCUGUUUCAUGUAAUUAAUUGCUAACGUAUCUCAUUUUAAAUAAGAUGUGAUGAUAGACUUUGCAUACGUUACGUGCUCAAUAAAAUGGUUAAAGAAUC